GGCUGCCUCUCAUCUAAAACCCCUCUGCCGAAUUUAAUAAGUAAACACCAAAAAUCCAUCGCGAAUCGGAAUCCUGCCUCGACACGACACUGAAGGGGCACCAGGCGUGGUUUGUAUGCAUUAUUGCGAAGAUGUUGUGGCUGCCAAAGGUGGAAAAUGUAUCGGAUUCGAAAUUAACCAUUUCGACUCCACGAUCCGCCUACAAAUGAGAAGUUUUCCUCUGCACCCCGACAGAAAAUGAUGCACCAAGUGACCAGCGCAAGCAGUGACUAUUGUAUGAGUGGAUUGGCAGAGGACUGUCAGCGUCCUUCUAGCCACUUUGACUUAUGCAGCGCACAAUCCAACAAAUUCUACCCCUCUCCUUCAAACCCCACUCUACAGCUGUCCAUCCCCAACAUAACCCCUUUGCCACAGGGCAUGCAUAAAUCCAUGGCAUGUCAAGUUCAAGAGACCCAGAAUGAGUUUCAGCCUCAAACAGUGAGAAUCAGGAGCAACGAGGCUGCUGGGACUGAUGGCUCCAAGAAAAAGAAAGGUAUUGUAAAAUCUGGCAGAAGAGGGAGACCAUCGGGGACCACAAAAUCAGCCGGUUAUCGCACAAGUACUGGACGUCCACUGGGAACCACUAGAGCUGCUGGGUUCAAAACCAGCCCGGGAAGGCCCCUGGGCACCACCAGAGCAGCAGGAUAUAAAGUCAGUCCUGGCAGGCCCCCCGGCAGCAUAAAGAGUCUAGCCCGGCUAAAGAAACUCGAGUAUGCCAGUUGUGAUGGUACCAAGAAAGUAGACUUCAGCAACUGCAGUGGCCCGAAGAAACUGGACUACACUAGCUGUGAUGUUGCACCCUUUCCAUACACCAUGAUGGAGAAAAGAGACCUCUGUGAACCCAGUGGGAAAGUAGAAGAAACAAAUGAAUAGCUAUGCAGCUUGCUCCUAAUUACCUUGGAACACAUUUUGGUCCAUGUACAAAAGGAGGUCCAGUUCAAUAUAUCUCUUAAGAGGUUGAAAGACAGAACUUUUUGUCACUAAAAAUCAGCAAUGAAUUACUUUUCACUGUACAUUGUUAACAUCACCGUCAUGUUGUCAUAAAAGACUGUGGUCAUUCCUAUUUACAAAGUAUGUUAUCCUGUUUGACAGAGAUGCAUGCAUAGGAAUACAAUCAGAUCAAUGUAGGAUUGAAAGUAUGUAUACUUCUUAAUAUGUGGUUCAAUGCUCACUGGAGAGUGGAUGUUUGUUGUUUUUUUUUUGUUUUUUUUUAUGGAUUCGAGAUGCUACAAACUGUUACAAGGCUUUAACAUAAUGCUACUAUGUACUUUCCAUUGCCUGAUUCACGUGGCAUUUUAUACGUUCCUAAAAAUUGCAUUUUACUAAAAACAUAGACAAUUCAGCAUUUUCCUGAGUGUGUGUAGAUAUAGUUGUCCUUUUUGUAUUGUCCAGUGCGAUGUUUUACUUUGUAUUUACAGCGGCAUAAGGGAAUGAGAUGACAGUGAUACAAGUUUUUGUUUCAUUAGCUUUAAAAAUUUUCAACACAUAGUUAUAUCCUUUUUAACAUAAAUGUUCUUUCUACACUUUGUGACUAUGGUUUUGACUGUAUUGUAAUAGCCUUUUUGUCCUCUCAAACUCACCUGAGAAGCUUGAGACCAUGUUGAGAUGUAUGUUAUUAUGCUGUCCAUGCAAAAACAAAAACAAAAUAAUAAUAAUGAUUUCAACCACCAAACAA